GAAGCUGAACAACGUCUCAUGCUGCUUAUUUCCUACUAUUUGAGUAUAGCAACACAACAACAAAGUGUUACUGAACUAGUUGAUGUCGCUGCUGUUUUCACAUUGAUAUGGCUCUUUCUCUGAGUUUUCUUAUUUUAACCCUGAUAAAAGGAAGUGAAAGUGUGAACACAAUCACUAAGGUCUCAGUGCAGGUGGGAGCUUCAGUCAGGAUCCCCUGUUCUUAUGAUUCAAAAUACAUAAAUCAUGUGAAAUAUCUAUGCAGAGGAUAUUAUUGGAAUUCCUGCUCAUAUGAAGUUAGAACAGACUCACCACGGGAAACAGGAACACAUUCAAUCUCUGAUGACAAAAUUCAAAGAAUUUUCACUGUUACCAUAAAACAGUUAACAGCUGACACUUAUUACUGGUGCAAUGUGGAGAGCGAUAAAGGAGGUGAUGAUGGGCAACGCUUUCAUCUGUCAGUUAACAAAGGUACACCCAUCCUCUGGGUGGCAGACCAGAAUGUGACUGGAUUUAUUGGCGACGAAAUAAACAUAAACUUUAACUCCUCUACCUCUGGAGGAAUAAAGUGGUGUAAGCUGGACAAAACAUGUGUGACAAAGCCAACUGGAAUGAUAGAUGGAACAACAGUAACCAUCAAGAAGGACAUAGGCAAUGUAAUCAGUGUAACUAUGAGUGGACUGAAGCAAGAGAACAGUGGUUGGUAUUACUGUGAUAAAGGAGAAUUUCAGAUGCCAGUUCACCUGACUGUGACUGUCAAACCCACUGGAAGUAAAAGUGUGAACACAAUCACUAAGGUCUCAGUGAAAGUGGGAGCUUCAGUCAGGAUCCCCUGUUCUUAUGAUUCAAAAUACAUAAAUCAUGUGAAAUAUCUAUGCAAAGGAUAUCAUUGGAAUUCCUGCUCAUAUGAAGUUAGAACAAACUCACCACGGGAAACAGGAAUGUAUUCAAUCUCUGAUGACAAAAUUCAAAGAAUUUUCACUGUUACCAUAAAACAGUUAACAGCUGACACUUAUUACUGGUGCAAUGUGGAGAUCAAUAAGGGAGGUGAUGAUGGGCAACGUUUUCAUCUGUCAAUUAACAAAAGUACACCCAUCCUCUGGGUGGCAGACCAGAAUGUGACUGGAUUUAUUGGCGACAAAAUAAACAUAAACUUUAACUCCUCUACUUCUGGAGGAAUAAAGUGGUGUAAGCUGGACAAAACAUGUGUGACAGAGCCAACUGGAAUAAUAGAUGGAACAACAGUAACCAUCAAGAAGGACAUAGGCAAUGUAAUCAGUGUAACUAUGAGUGGACUGAAGCAAGAGAACAGUGGUUGGUAUUACUGUGAUAAAGGAGAUUUUCAGAUGCCAGUUCACCUGACUGUGACUGUCAAACCCACUGGAAGUAAAAGUGUGAACACAAUCACUAAGGUCUCAGUGAAAGUGGGAGCUUCAGUCAGGAUCCCCUGUUCUUAUGAUUUAAAAUACAUAAAUCAUGUGAAAUAUCUAUGCAAAGGAUAUUAUUGGAAUUCCUGCUCAUAUGAAGUUAGAACAAACUCACCACGGGAAACAGGAAUGUAUUCAAUCUCUGAUGACAAAAUUCAAAGAAUUUUCACUGUUACCAUAAAACAGUUAACAGCUGACACUUAUUACUGGUGCAAUGUGGAGAUCAAUAACGGAGGUGAUGAUGGGCAACGCUUUCAGCUGUCAAUUAACAAAGGUACACCCAUCCUCUGGGUGGCAGACCAGAAUGUGACUGGAUUUAUUGGCGACAAAAUAAACAUAAACUUUAACUCCUCUACCUCUAGAGGAAUAAAGUGGUGUAAGCUGGGCAAAAGAUGUGUGACAGAGCCAACUGGAAUAAUAGAUGGAACAACAGUAACCAUCAAGAAGGACAUAGGCAAUGUAAUCAGUGUAACUAUGAGUGGACUGAAGCAAGAGAACAGUGGUUGGUAUUACUGUGAUAAAGGAGAUUUUCAGAUGCCAGUUCACCUGACUGUGACUGUCAAACCCACUGUUGCAACAACUACUGCAACUGCAACAAUUAUUAUAGCGACAACAACUAAUAUUACAGCUACAAGUACAACAGCUCCUGAAGAUGACAGUCUUUUGCAAGCUCUGAUGAGCCUCGCCAUCCCUCUGAGUGUGCUGAUCUUCAUUGUUAUUGCUGCCUUAUCAAUCCUGUUUUUACUGAGAAGAACCAAACGUGUCAGAGUUAAGGAUUCAGCAGCCUCAAAAAAUGAAGAGAAUUUAACAUAUUCAGAAGUCUCUUUCAAGAAAAACAAGGCAGCCCAGGCUGCAAGUGAUGCCGAUGUGACCUACAGCUCUGUUGUUCCCGUCAAGAAACAAAGUGUGAGAAGGAGUGAAGGGAAAGAUGAGGACGUUACAUACAGCACAAUUAUUCAUCACAAGCAAAAUGUUUAAAUCUCUCAAAGACAUUUUGUUUCUUCUUCCUGCGACUAAGCGCUACCUAAUAUUGUCUGUCUCCACAAGUGUGAAACAAUGACUCAUUGACUUAGAAAAGCCUCUGACCUUUUCUUUUCUCUUUUUUUUUUUUACAUUGAGUUUACACCCCUUGAGUAUCUUUAUACUCAAGGGGUGAAUAGCAAGUUUAGCUUUUUAUCAUGCUAGACAUCUUUUGUUGCUUCUAAGUAUGGUCUUGUUGAGGAUAGAAUGGGUUUAUAACAACACCUCAAAAAUGUGAAAAAUAUGAAGAUAUUGUCAAUAUUUGAAUUUACAUUUACACAAGAAGUUAAAUUUGUAAAUACCAUUGUUAUCAUCUAUAAUCAUUUAGUAGGAUGAUUUGCAUGAGCUGUUGCUAAGUUAUUAUCUAUAUCAAUCUGGAAUAAUCAAGACUGAAUCCCUUUACUAAAAUGUUUAUUCUGAGAGGUAGUAAUACAGAACUGUAGAUUAGGCCAUGAUGAGAUGCAUUGCUGUUACAACCCUCCACUAUACCUAACUGAACCAAAGGGCUAUGUCAAUGUUGUUGUUUUUUUUGUUUGUUUGUUUUGUUUUUCUAUUAUUUUUGGACCACAUUUGAUAAUUAUUUACUUAAAAUCCCAAAUAUAUUAAAAAUAGUUGGGUCAUCUAUGAAUUUUUUUAUAUAUAUAUAUGUAUAUGUAAAUCACAACGCUCAAACUGUGUAGCUCAACAUUGUUUAGUUCUUAAUCUGGCCAAUAAGUUUGAUUUUAAUAAAAAACUUUUGCUUUUUUAUUUUUUAUUUUUAUUGUAAGAGAAUAAAGUCAAUCUGGGGAAUGUAUGUGUAAGUUUUGUUAUAUGUUACGAAUAGGUUACAGAAGACAGGGCUCUCCCAGGACUGCAUUCAUGCAAGAUCCACUGCUGGAUUCAAUUACAAAAUGUUGUUUUCAAAGUGCAAUUCUGGGAAAUUUUUGAGAUAACCUAAAUCAUGUUAAAAGAGGAACUCUCGAAAUAACACAACACAUUGUGACAACACCCUCAUGAUAAAUAGAAUUAAACAAAAAAAAUAAAAACUGUUUCUGCAGUAAUUGAUUGUAUGCAGUUUGUACUUGGCAUGGAACCCCAUAUGAUGACAUUUAUAACAAUUCAGAAAA